UUAAGAGCAUUACAUAAGGCUGCUGAUCACAUUGGCCGGAUUAUAACCAUCACCCUGGCUUUCCGUACAGUAUUCUGAUGGAUGUACUGCAAACCCUUUCCCCCUCUAUUUAAAGUAGGGGAAUAGAUGUAGGGACCCUGAGUGCGUUAGGAUAUGAUGCUCUGAAGACGUAGCAUAUAAAUAACAAAGUCCCUCUGUUCUUCAGAGUAGGAAGUAGGAUCGGAUCAUUCAUGAGUGAAUUUCACAGAGGAGAAUAAGCAUGCUCGCUCUGCACUUCAUACUCCUGUUAUUGUCUGUGCACAUGGCCUUCCUGUCUCCGGACAGGUACCAGCGGAGUAAGAGAGGCUUGCUGGAGCUGGCUGGGGUCAUCAAGUGCAGCACUGGGAGGUCCGCCCUGGCCUAUAUGAUGUAUGGUUGCUAUUGUGGCCUAGGGGGCCAAGGCUGGCCCCGGGACCGGGCGGACUGGUGUUGUCACAAACAUGACUGCUGUUACGAACAAGCUGAAUUCGCUGGCUGUCAGACCAAGACUGACGCUUAUAAAUGGACGUGUGACGACAAUGUUGCAGACUGUGAUUAUCUGAAUGACAGAUGUGAGAAAAUCCUUUGCCGAUGUGACAGAGAAGCUGCCAACUGUUUGAAGAAAGCACCAUAUAUACGCAAAUAUGCGUUGUGGCCUGAUUUUCUAUGCGGGUGUUACCACCCAACGUGUAAUUAUUACUAACGCAAUAACAAUCCAUCUUGGAACAUGUCAGCUUCAUGGUAGCCUGGAUAUCAUGUUCACAGACGAAAGUCAUGGAAGAUGAAAGCAAAUUUGUACUUCAAAUUAAACAACAGAAAUUCUGAAAUAUUCACCCAAACAAAUGAAGUUUGUACAUCUCCUUGAGUAUAGAAUUGUCAUGACAUCAUUUAAUAUAAGGCAGAUUAAGCUUUGUUGAACAUUAUAAAUGAUACUUAUCAAUUACUGUUAAUAGUUGUACUCAAGAUCAAGGUAAUGAGGAUAUUUACAUAAGGUUGCUUUCAUUAAAUUAUGUGAGAGGGCACCUGAGAGAAAAAUGUCUGCACUCCCUGAAGUGCAGAGAUCCACUUGUCACACGUUAGGACUCGUUCUUUAAAAUAAAAGAAAAAAAUGGCCAAAUUUUUAUUCUUCUGACCCAGAAUAGUCCCUUCUUUAA